AUGCGCUCUGUGUCCAAUUACCCCACAGGCUACUUCAUAGGCUCUUCCCCCACUCAGCUGGAUUUUUGGGCGUUCAAGCCGAAUCUCGCCACUCUUUCAUUCACUUUGCCUUGCGUCUACUGUGAGCAGGCCUCUCGGCAGUGGCAUCAUGAGUCGGGAUUCUUAGACUUCAUGAUGGAGGACGAACCCGGCUCCGGUGAUCUGGGGCCUGUAACCGAAAGUGUGAACAACCCUGUGAUGACUGCAGGUCCAAAGUGUCCUUUCAGAUGCCAGUGCCACCUGAGGGUGAUCCAGUGCUCUGACCUGGGUCUGAAGACAGUUCCUGAAGAUAUUCCAGAUGAUACAACUCUCCUUGACCUGCAGAACAACAAAAUAACAGAAAUCAAAGAAAAUGACUUCAAGAACCUAAAAGGAUUACAUGCUCUGAUUCUGGUAAACAACAAAAUCACAGUGAUCCACGCAAAGGCUUUGACCCCGCUGACCAAACUGCAGCGCCUGUACCUGUCCAAGAACAUGCUGAAGGAAGUGCCGACCAACAUGCCCAAAAGCCUGCAGGAACUGCGGAUCCAUGAGAACCAGAUCACCAAAUUCAAAAAAGCCUCUUUCCAGGGCAUGUCCCACAUGAUCGUCAUGGAGCUUGGCUCAAAUCCCCUGAAGAGUGCAGGCGUGGAAGCCAAUGCAUUUGCAGACCUCAAACGAGUGUCUUACAUUCGCAUUGCAGAUACAAACAUCACAGACAUCCCCAAAGGUCUGCCUAACUCUCUGUCUGAACUGCACCUCGAUGGAAACAAGAUCACUAAAGUGACAGCAGAGAGCCUGAAAGGCCUAAAACAACUGGCCAAACUGGGCCUGAGCUACAAUGCGAUCAGCUCAGUGGAAAACGGAACACUGGCCAAUGCGCCCCACCUGCGAGAGCUGCACCUCGACAACAAUGACCUGACCAGUGUUCCUGCAGGCCUGCCUGACCACAAGUACAUCCAGGUGGUCUACCUCCACUCUAACAAGAUUGCUACUAUUGGAACAGAAGACUUCUGCCCUACUGGUUUCAACACUAAAAAGGCGAUGUAUUCCGGCAUCAGUCUGUUCAGCAACCCUGUGUCUUACUGGGAGAUCCAACCGGUCACCUUCAGAUGUGUCUUUGACCGCUCAGCCAUCCAACUGGGCAACUACAGGAAGAAGUAG